AACAUAGUUGUGAGACGCGUUUCUUUAUAGCAGAGAACAUGGCACUUUAGAUAGCUAACGAUGUUGCUAACGUCACAAACUGUACAGUACAAGUAACUAGAUAGUUCUAGCCUAACUGAUAUGUUUCUAGAUACCGUUGUUAGCAUGCUAGUUUGCUACAUCGGAUGCGACACUAAUGAUGUCGAUACCCAGGGCAAGGAAAGUCCCCAGGGACCCAAAAGAGGCCGCUCUAAUAGUCCAAGUUCAGCUCCCCCACAGAAGUCCCCUCGAAUCCAUUCUCCUACAUCCUCCACCCUGCUGUCGGAGGCAACAGAGAAGCAAAUGGAGCCAAGCACAGGAGAGGUGCAGGAACAGAACCUGGAGGGCGGUGUUCAGGGUGAUGGUACUUCCCUGAGUCCGAACACCCGGAGGAAAUCCUGGAGGAGGUCUACAAGAGGCAGACGGUCCUUGCCUGCACUCUAUAACCCCUCCCAUACUCUCUGCUGUACUAUUAACCCAUCCUUACCAGAGGAGGACAAGCUGGAGAAGCUUUUGGAGGCCUCUAUGAGACUAGCUUUACAGAAAACAAAGGACUCGCUGCAGACAUUACCCAAUGCUUGUCUGGAAUCAUUUCAAACUCAAAUGGAGUCUAUACAAAAUGAAUGGUGUUGUCUGGCCAAAGACAUGAGCAGCAAGCAAGAGGAACCUCCAACAAGCACUGCCAGGGACCCUGCCAUACAGAAGGCUAUGGAACAGACCCAGAAGGCCAUCCACAGGUUGCAGGUUGAGAAUGAAUCUUGGGAGUCCCUGCUCAACAAACAUCGCAGUAAAGCAGAUGAAUUGGCCAGACGAGUGGAGCAAGGCCAGCAGGGUGGUGUGCCGUUAGACCCGGCCUGUCUGUCACAGUCCUCACAGAGCCAGAUUAUCCUCAGUAAACCUGACUACCAAAGUGUACUGUAUAGACAACAGCCCCUACUGCACACUAUAGAGCUGGUGAUGGACUCUCAGUGUAAGAUGGUGAGGGAACUUCUAUCCAUCCAAGGACAAGCAAAGUUACUGGUGAAAGAGACCAGUAGUCAAUUGGCGUCUGAGGCAGGAUUCCAGCAUCUUCCCUCGGAUCCUAUCAGGAAUCUGCUGGCAGGUCCUGUUCCCACUUUGCUGUCCUAGUCACUAUUCCUUUUGGCAACUGACAACUCAUUGAUUUGACUGGUAUCAACACCCGGAAUUGUUCUUCAGGUUCACCCUGUCGUGCAAGACCAGUCAUGUUGCUUUCAUGUCUCGUAUUUCUCUCCAUCUUUUUUUUUUUUGGGGGGGGGGGGGGGGGGGGGGGGGGGUUGUAGUGUAUGCUGUUGUCCACCAGGGGGCAAUACUACUCUUUAUUAAGGAUCCUAUACCAUUCACCUGCUUAGUAGAUCUUAUAUGAUUGGUUGUUUUGUUAAACUGUGCUUUUUCUUACUUAACUAAGAAUAGCAUUAGUCAUAGAUUGUACUAAUCUAAAUUCUACCCUCCUAUAUUGUUGUUCUGUACAUGUUUCAA